AAUUCCAGAUGAGAUUGAUUUCCGGCUGCGCCAUAGCGUUUUCACGUCCGUCUUAUUUAAGGCGCUUGUAGGGUAAGUUGAACUUGCCUACACAACAGCAUUACCACAACCAUCAUAUCGUUGAGCAUGCUAUAUGCAGUUGGCACCUUGAUACUAACCCCGCGUGCUUCAAAGGGUUUCUCUAAAAAGACCCGACCGACUGGACGGCUUUUCUGCGGUCAUCAAAGAGCUUGCCGGACUUUCUCAGACACGGUUGCAUUCUCGGAUCGUGCCCGUCACAUCAGCGUUCCGCGUUUCAAACAUUGGAGCAAGUAGGCGCCAUAGUACAGCCAUGGACUUCAAAGCGCUACCGAAGAUCGAGCUUCACGCUCAUCUGACGGGCUCCGUCACCCGUCGUACGCUUCAUGACAUAUGGGAAGCCAAGCACAAGUCGCAACAGACGACGCUCGAGGAUCCCCUUGUUGUCAUGCCAGAAGGCAAGCCUGACUAUAAUCUCAAGAGUUUCUUCCCCCUCUUCAGCUCGUACAUCUACGAACUCCUCACGGACGUUCCCUCCAUCCAGCAGGCCACCACCUCUGUUCUCCAGGGAUUCCUCGAAGAUGGCGUAGUGUACUUGGAACUACGCACAACACCUCGCGCUACACCAUCCCUGACGCCGGAAGACUAUAUCACCACGAUCCUGGACGCGAUUGCCGCCUUUGAGCAGACGCACCAUGAGAUGCAUACCCGCCUCAUCCUCUCCAUAGAUCGUAGACACGAUGUAUCUACGGCGGAGAACAUUCUGGCCCUCGCAGAGAAGUAUCGUGGCAGGGUCGUAGGCCUGGACCUCUGCGGAGACCCCUCAGCACGCCCGGACGGACAAAUCUCCGUCUUCACACCCAUCUUCCAGAGGGCAAGCUUACCCCUAACCGUACACUUUGGGGAGUGUGUCGCGAGCGGUUCACCCGAGGAGCUCGAGACUCUGCUCUCAUGGCACCCAGGAAGGCUAGGCCAUGCGAUCUGCCUGGAUGAGGAGAGUAAGAAGGUGAUCAGGGAGAGGAACUUGUGUCUCGAGCUCCUCUUGAGCUGCAAUGUACAAGCCGGUAUGACCCAGGGGGGAUUUGCGAACCAUCACUUUGGAGAGUGGUUGGCUUGUGACGGAGUGAAGGUUUCACUCGGGACCGACGAUGUUGGAGUGUUCGGUAGCGAACUCUCUGACGAGUACCGACUAGCCGCUGAGCAUUUCGGGCUUGAUCAGAAGCAAAUUUGCGCAUUAGCCAGGCAAGGCAUUGAGGCAAUCUUCGGCGGCGAGGAUGAGAAGGAGAGACUGCGACAAGUCAUGUGGAUAUAAUCUUUUCGUUAUUCGACAUUAGGAAUGGUAUCAAGCAAAACUAGACUAGAACCCACAUCGAGGGGAGAAUGUUGACGCGAUGUCUAUAGCGACCCGACACAAUUCAAGAAAACACGCGGAGUCGGUGACUCCGCUUCGAACGCCGGCCCAUCUAUCAUGUCAAUCAUC